AUGCUGCAGAUGUUGGACCUCUCAAACAACAGGAUAAUUGGGGAAGUACCUAAUUGGAUUUGGGAAAUUGGUAAUGGAGCACUUACCCAUUUGGAUCAUUCUUCGAAUCUGUUGGUUAGUCUGCAGAAGCCAUACCACUUUCCUAGUUCACUUAGUUAUCUGGACUUACACUCAAACAUACUCCAGGGGGAGUUGCCCCCUCUACCCCAAGAUGCUAACUAUAUAGAUUACUCUAAUAACAACUUUGAAAAGUCCAUUCCACCUAACAUUGUUAACUCCACUGACUAUCUAAUUUACUUGUCUCUUUCGAACAAUAGCCUAAGUGGAGCUAUUCCGACAUCCUUUUGCACUGCUACUCGACUUGAUGUUCUUGACUUGUCUGCCAAUAGAUUGAGCGGGAGCAUACUGCCUUGUUUGGUGGAAAAAGUUGAGCACCUUGCGGUGUUGAAUCUUGGGGGGAACAACAUCAGUGGCCAUAUACCGGACACAUUUUCUAUCUAUUGUAGUCUAAAAAUUUUGGAUAUGAGUCAGAACUAUUUAGAAGGGAGGCUCCUAGUGUCCCUGGCCAAUUGCAAAUCGUUACAGGUCUUGAAUGUUAGAAAUAACAACAUCUAUGAUGGUUUCCCAUGCAUGCUGCCAUCUAGCUUGCGUGUGCUUGUCUUGCGCUCUAACAGAUUCCAUGGACAAGUAAGAUGUAGCAGAAGCUGGAAAGAUCUCCAAAUCAUUGAUAUAGCUUCUAACAAUUUCACUGGUUAUCUGUACACAAAGAGCUUUUGGGGAAUGAUGCUAGAAAAGGACGCACGCCUAGAAAGUGACUACAAUCACUACGACAGAAGAUUUGGAUUUGGUGUUGAAUACUACCUUGCAACAGUGAAA